AAUAUAAUCAAAUAUUAAUAUAUGAGAAGGUUCAAUGAUCACGUGUCACAAUUUAAGUGGUAGAAGAGGAUUGUUACUCUAAUAGUCUUAAUAAUCAAAUAAUUUAAUAUAAUAAAUUUUUGUAAAAAGACACCUUUAGAAAUUAUUAAGCAGCUGUACUCAAUAGGAAUGCUCCUCAUAGAGCUACUUGCUAGCAAUAGAGUUUGUCUAUAUGAAAAUAUAUCUGAUCAUCAUCAGCAGUUAAUUAACUGAGCUACUAAAAUUGGUAUAUUAUUGUCAUGGGAAAAGCAGAGCUUGUACUCAUUCCGGGGCCAGGAAGGGGUCACAUGGUGCCAAUUGUAGAAUUCGCAAACGAGUUACUGAGUGGAGAUGAACGAUUCUCCGUAAGCAUUCUUAUCAUAAGCUCACCCUUUGAGAACAGUCCUGUACGAGCUGAUCCCAUGCCCACUAACAUUUCCCAACACCAUAUUCAAUGCUUCCACGUUCCUAAACCCUCUAACCUACCUCCCUCAGAGCUUUAUCAUGAGUCCCCCGAAAACUACUUCUCUCUCUACAUUGAGAGUCACAAGUCACAAGUCAAAGACAUAAUAGUCAACCGUUUUACACCCACGACACCGUUUCGUCUCGCUGGACUGGUUGUCGACUUGUUCUGCUCCUCCAUGAACGACGUUGCCAGAGAACUCGAGGUUCCCUCUUACUUGUUUUUCGCCUCAGGUGCUGCUUUCCUAGGGUUCACGUUCUACCUACACAGCCACCAGGAGCUCCACGGAGCAGAGUUCGAGAAAUCAGAUUCCGAGUUUCACAUACCGAGUUACAUCAACUCAGUCCCCGCCAAGGCUUUGCCUUCUUUCGCUCUCAACAAGCAAGGUUUCGUGGCCUUCGCCGCUCUCAGCAGAGAGUAUAAGAAGACCAAGGGUAUUAUCGUCAAUACAGUUUCGGAGUUAGAAUCCCAUGCAGUGUGCUCACUAUCCGACGGUGUAAUUCCGCCGGUUUAUACGGUUGGACCGCUUUUGGACCUUAAAGUUAAGAGCCGUACACCGUCAGAUCAGCUGGAAUAUGACCAAAUCAUGAGUUGGCUCAAUGAUCAGCCUCCGAAAUCAGUGGUGUUUCUCUGCUUUGGAAACUACGGUUACUUCAGUGAAGCCCAGCUGAGGGAGAUCGCCGCCGGACUUGAACGUAGCGGCAAAAGGUUCUUGUGGUCGGCACGCAAAGCCCCAAAAGACGGAAAAUUUUCAACGGCUGAUGAUACAGAUGUUACUGAAAUUAUUCCUCGUGAAUUUUGGGAGAAGACAAAGGAGGUUGGAAGAGUUUGUGGAUGGGCUCCACAAGUGGAAGUCUUGUCUCAUCCGGCGGUAGGAGGGUUCGUGUCUCAUUGUGGUUGGAACUCGAUUUUGGAGAGCAUGUGGUUUGGGGUACCGAUUGUGACGUGGCCGAUGUACGCAGAACAACAGCUUGAUGCUUUCCUGUUGUCGAGAGAUUUGAAGUUGGCUGUGGAACUAAGAAUUGACUACAGAAGAGGCAGUGAUGAUAUUGUUAGUGGGGAGGAGUUAGAGAGGGCCGUUAGAUGCUUGAUGGACGGUGGUGAUGGUGAUGGUGUUUUAGUGAGGAAGAGAGUGGAGGAGAUGAGUAUGAAGUGCAGGGGAGCUGUUUUGGAAGGUGGGUCUUCGUUCCAGUCAUUUGAACGUGUCAAGGAAACUAUUUUGGCAAACGGUCCCAUGACAACUUGUGCGCGGGCCACCUAAAUUUAAUGCUUAAUUUGACUCAUUAUGAGAUAUAUCUUUAGUUUUCUUUUACAAUUUCUUUUAGAAAUAAAAAUCAUGGCUCACGCCUUAAAAAAAAAA